CUUGGUAGAAUAUCCGGGUGUAUUUUUGUUGAUGAUUGCACACGUUUUCUACAGAUUUCUUUAAUAUUUCAUCACUAUUUUAAUAUUUCUCAUUGUUUGCACAGAGUUGAUGUAUUAAUAUAUCCGAUAUAUAUAUAUAGGCUUCGUACAGUCUGAAAGAAUACGGUUGUAAAAGCGGAUAAGGACUCAAGAUGGCUAAUACAGAUGAAAAGCCAAAGGCAGAAACUUCUAAAUCACUUUUCCGUGAUAUAACUGCUGAUGAUGAAACACCAGAGGUCAUGGAGAUUGAAAGUCUUUGCUUCAAGUGUGAAAAUAAUGGUUUAACACGAUUAUUUUUAACCAGAAUUCCUUUCUUCAAAGAUGUGAUUGUCAGUUCAUUUACAUGUGAUAAUUGUGGUCAUCACAACACUGAGCUACAACCUGGUGGAAGGAUCCAGGACAAGGGAGUAAAAUAUACAGUCAACAUUCAAAACCUAAAGGAUUUAAACAGACAAGUUGUACAGACAAAUACAGCAACAAUAGCCAUUCCUAAAUUAGAGUUUGAAAAUCCACCAAACAAAGGAGCUUUGACCACAGUUGAAGGUAUUGUACAGAGAGCUGUAGAAGGGUUGUCGCAAGACCAACCUUUAAGAAAGAUACAACACCCAGAAGUAGCAGCUCAAAUUGAUGAAUUCAUUGUCAAGCUGAAUGAACUUCUGCUGCUGAAGGAACCUUUUGAUCUGGUUCUUACAGAUCCAAGCGGAAACAGUUAUAUUGAAAAUUUAUAUGCACCUCAGACUGAUCCUCAAAUGAAAAUUUCACGUUACAACAGAUCUAAAGCAGAUAAUGAAAUUUUAGGACUAUCACAGGACUCUGAACAAGAGAUGAAAGACAAUGAACAAUUUGAUGCCAAGGAAGAGGUUGCUACUUUCCAGACCAAUUGUCCGAAUUGUAAUGACAUCUGUUCAACUAACAUGAAAGUAGUUGACAUUCCUCAUUUUAAAGAAGUGAUCAUAAUGGCUACAAACUGUGAUAAAUGUGGGCAUAGAGACAAUGAGGUCAAAGGUGGCUCAGGGAUUGAACCAAAAGGAAAGAAAAUCACCCUGAAGAUCACUGAUGUUUCUGAUAUGAACAGAGAUGUUUUGAAGAGUGAGACAGCUUCUUUAUCCAUUCCUGAACUUGACUUUUCUACAGACAUGGGAACAUUAGGUGGAAAGUUUACUACUGUGGAAGGUAUCUUCCAGGCCAUCAAGGAUCAGUUGAAAGAUUCCAAUCCAUUCUUCCGUGGAGACAGCUCUGAGGAUAACUUGAAAGGGAAGAUAGGACUGUUCUGUGAUAAAAUUGAUGAGAUCAUUGAAGGGAAAAGAAUGGGAGUCCAUUUUGUUUUAGAUGAUGCAGCAGGGAACAGUUAUCUUCAGAAUGUUUAUGCACCAGAUGAUGACCCAGAAAUGGAAAUAGAAAGUUACGAAAGAACCUUUGAUCAGAAUGAAGAAUUAGGACUUAAUGAUAUGAAAACAGAAAAUUAUGAGAGCUCAUGACGAAGAACAGAGUGAAUGAUAAAACUGUUCAAAAUAAAAUUUGUUUUUCUGAUGGAUUAGUUUAUUUAAAUAAAAAAUGUACAUUAUUAUUUUCAAUUACAUUUUGUAUUUGUUUUUUUUAUGAAAUUUAAGAAUAAGUUAAGGUCUAGAAGAUAAUAAUGAUUAUAAAUUUUAAUUAAACAUUGGGGGUAUAUUUCAGUAACUGGUCAGAACUUCUUCUAUUUUAACUUUGUGUAAUUAGAUAUACAUGUAUAUGUAUGAAGAUUUAGGAAUUUAUUACAAAUGCAGAUUUAGGAAUUUAUUACCACAGUGUAGAAAAGAGGGAUUUUUCAUAAGAAUAUGAUUAAUUUAUGAUUGGAGCAGCCCAUGCCAUUAGCCCCCCCCCCCUUUUAUAUUUUAAGUAUUUAGAAAUUUCAAGAAUCCUGUCCUUUCAGCACUUUUAUGAUAUUAAAAGUUCAGAAAGCUCUGGGAUUUUUUUUGCUAAAGAGAUGGCAAUGUGUACAAGGGCAUAUUUUGUUAAUUGUGUGUUGAUUAUAAAAUCUCUCUUCAGCCAUCAAGUUUUUUCGGGGGGCACCCUGCCUCACUACCAUAUGUUUCUUUAUAGAGGACAUGCAAGCAUUAAAAAUUUAGAGGGUUUUUAUUUUGUUGUGUGGAUUGCUGUUGCUAUCAAUUUUGCUUGAAAGUGUCUGAAGGCAAUUUUUAUAUGUAUUAAAAAAGAAGAUGGAGUAUGAUUGCCAAUGAAACAACUUUCCACAAGAGACCAAAGUGACACAGACAUUAACAAUUGAAACCUUUUGGCUUAAAGGAGUACCCUCCUGGAGACCCAUUUGUUAUAAUAUAACCAAAAAAAAGUUGAGCAAAGAUUCUAAAAAGAUUGUUCUAAGAAGUUAAAGCAUUGUAACAUUAAUUUAUUUGUUUUUACUAACAAUCUAGCUUGAAUGUUGAUUAUUAUGUUCUAAAAAUUCUUGUUGACAAAAAAUAAAAAGUUUUGAAUAAAAUUUAAAAAUCUUA